UGCGCGCGCUUAGAUCGACGAGCCUGAUUAUAUGGAAGUUCCUCUCUCUCUCUCUCUCUGCUCUUGAUUAAAACGAAUAACCGCUGGUUUAAGAGCGAAGAUAAAAUCUUUAAUGCGCUGCGGCUUCUGUAUAUGAUAUACUUUUUUUUUGCGGUUCCGCGAAUUGUUAUGAUUUUUCUACAUCCUUGCGUAUUUCGUAAUGGAAAUAAGCUCAUUUUGUCAAUGAUAUCGUUAUUAAAAGUUCUACUCUACGGUUACAUUUUAAAAUGCCUCCAUAAUCGUUGCUAGUUCUCUCCGGGCCUGAGGACGACUUUAAUUUUACUACUAUAUUUCUGUGGAUUUUUUAGUGCAGAGAGAGAGAGAAUAGUCCUCCCGCGAGUUGUUACACAAAACCAUUAUGACUACUUUUUUUUCUACGCGUUCAAUUACUAAAUUGACUUCUGGUCACAGUCGGCUCUCCUCGGUCGUCGUAAAGCAUCGUAGCUCUUAAUGAAACAUUUUACAAUUAGAGUGACAUUGCGAAAUAAAUUCAAUUAUUAUAAAUAACACUUACCGCUCGGUUUGUUCCAGGCGCUCCUCGUCGGCAGGCCAUGAUGGUUGUGCCUCUGGAUGAAAUCGCGGUCGUAGCCGAACGCGGGAUUGGGAUGCGUCGACCAGAACUCCGACACAUGCUCCUGAGGAUGCGGCGGUCUCGUCUUGAUCUCGCUCCACCUGCACGACCAAUCGCAUCCGAUGGCGAUUUCGCUGGUCAAACCAUAGAAGAGAGUACCAUCGGCAGAGAAGGCCUGAGCCGAAGCCUGACUGGGAAGAACGUCAUUGCCUCGGUAAUAAUUAAUCCUGGAGCCGUCGAGGGUAUGCCGAAGAUCCCGAGUGUUGGCGGCAUACAACGACCUGGAGGCCAAUGGCCGGAAGUACAAGUAACGACUUUCGCCGGGAUACUGGUUCGGCGAAAGGGCCAUUCCCAGGACACCGUCGUCGAGGAAGAAACUCUCGCCGGCUAUGUCGAAAUUCGAAUUAUUUUCCUCGGGAUCGAAGACGUCAGCCUCCAGACGGAAGGUUCUGAUGCCGUCGUAGAUCACUAAACCGUGACCUUCGACAUCUGCCAUGUACACCUGCGCAAAAAGAGAAUUGAUCGAGGAACUUUGUCAAGAGCAUCGCCAUCAGGAGGACUGUCUAAUAAGAAGACAAGCCAAAGAUGAAGCUACUGGUGGUGAGCGCGUUGUUACUGGCGGCAUCGGCCAGAGCGAGUCCAAGCUGCGACCGUCAGCUUCUGCCGGAGCUGUCGUUCAACCUCGCAGGUCAAAAUAUCGACUGGCCCUGUCAGUCGACGAAGAACAUCUACGAGUCUAGCGGUCGCUACAUUCCGCGCAACAUCAUCGCCACCCGGACCCAGAUCUACAAGGACGAGGCCAUAGUCGCGAUGCCGCGUUACAAGUCCGGUGUUCCCUUCACUCUGGGCGUGACCUCGCUCAAGAGCAAGAGCUGCAACCCCCAGGUCACCCCGUUCCCAUGCUGGGCCAUCCAGGAGGAAGGCAACUGCGACGCGCUUCAGAGCGCCGUCGACAUCGUACUGGACGUCCAGGACAUUCUCUGGGUGCUCGACGUUGGCAUCGUCAACACUCUGGAGCAGCCUGUCAGGAGGUGCCCACCCAAGGUCGUCGCCAUCAACGUCAAGACCGGCAAGGUUGUGAAGGUCGUCGACUUGAGCCAACUGGUCAGUACGAACUCGCGUCUGCAGUACCUCGUGGUCGACUACGCCCACGACGGCCAGGUCUUCCUGUACAUCUCCGACGCUGCUACACGGGCCAUCAUCGUGUACAACGUGACCGGUGAUCAUGGUUACCGUGUAGUUCUGCCUAAGGCAGUGACCCUCGGCUGCUCCCGCAAGGACGUGCUGUACCUCGCACUGGUCAGGAAGAGCUGCGGAACACCCGUCCUCUACUUCACCUACCUCAGCUCCAGCAGACUCUUCAGCAUCAAGGCUGACAAUCUGAGAAAGGGCAAGAUCGACGGAUCCAUCGUCGACGUCGGACCCAAACAGCACAAGAUCGUGCUUCUCGGAACCGACAACGGCUGCGCCAUCUUCUUCAGAAACAAGGGACAAUCCGACGUGUACAUGUGGAACACGGACACGGCCUUCAGGCCGGAGAACUUCCUGUUGGUACAGAAGGGCAACGAGUGCAGACUACCAACGCAGGUCGUACCAGGUUACAAGAGACUCAUGUGGGUCAUCGAGAGCAACUUCCACGACUACAUUCAGAACACCGUCGGCUGCUCCGGUGCCUCAGUCUCGCUACAUCCUCUGGUCAAGUCGUGCGAGGACUAAAUUAGACGCACACUCGCGACGAUGAUAAUGAUUCGUCGUGAGAUUGAAAGGGAUCCAAGACUUAUCUGACAGGCGUAUCGACGUUUUGUUUUCCAAAUUAUUCGGUGUUACUACUCUGUAUAAUUCUUAUCGUCUAACUUUUUGUAUUGCGAUCGUCUUUUUGUAUGUAUACUAUUAGUUUGUGAAAAAUUGCCCGGCCAGUCUGUCCCUGUUCGCCGUUCGAUUAUUCUAGUCACGAGGACCGAGUGUCCUCGCUCUUAGACAAUACGUUUACGAGUAAUUUUGAAACACCAAAGAUGAAAAUUACAUGUCUCGAAAUAACAUCUACUGGCUAAGAGGUAGUGUGGAGACGAUUCGAAAUUUUCCAGAGUCUCGAUUGACUUGGACUUUAUAAUUAUUGAAAAAGAAAAAAAUGAUCGCCUUGCAGUACGAAAAAAGAACCGAUGGACAAUAACUGACCAGUGUCAUCAGGAACAGUACGCAAGAAAGCGACGAAAUCACAUGGCUCGCGACCGCAUGGAUCUCGCAGUCUAACGUACGCUUUAAGCGAGACUAGAUGCGAGAGGAAUCGACGAGUAAAUAAAAUUUCUAAUUAAUUAAAAA